AUGGCGGUGGUCAAUGAUGGGCGGCGAUGGUGGGUGGUGCUAGGUGGCAGUUGUAGCGGCGGUGGUGGUGGGUGGAGACGGCAGCGAUUGGAGACAGUGACAAGUGGUGACAGCGGUGGUGGUGGGUGGGUGGCGACGGCGGCGGUGAUCGGAGGUGGCAGCGGUAAUGGUGGCAGCGAUGAUCGAAGGUGGGUGGUGGCGGUGAUCGGAGGUGGCAACGGCAAUGGUGGAUGUCGGCGACGGCGGUGGCGAGGAUGGAGGUGGGUGGCGGCAACGACGGUGGCGGGUGACGGAGGUGGCGGGUGGCGGCGAAGAUGGGUGACGGCGGCGAAUGACAGCGGUGGUGGGUGGUGGCAAUGGUAG